AACUCUAUUUAACUUGAUACGACUUUGGGUUGUGAAAAGGGCAUUUUUGCAGAUAUUUUUCUGUUAAAUCUGGGAGAGAAUUUACAUACAUAUCAUUUGAAAUCUGAUUUCUCAAGGGAAGACUGCAUUUUUAAGUGCCUCAGUAGAGUGUUUCAUAUUUUAAUUAGUGUAAAAAGAUAGGAUUAUGUCUGCUCCUGGUAAACUCUUGCAAUUUCAUAACUGUGAAAUUCUUCGAGGCUCUAAAAUAUUCAGAGAGGACCUAUGGGUUCGUGACAAAAAAAUUGUAAAUCCUGAGCCUGUAUUUUAUGAUGAGAAAAUUAUUGCAGAUGAGAAAAUUGAUUGUGGUGGUGCUUUAAUUGUACCUGGAUUUAUUGAUCUGCAAAUUAAUGGUGGGUUUGGGUUUGAUUUUUCAACUUCAGAAAAUGUUGAAAAUAGUGUUACUUCUGUAGCUAAAGGUGUUCUUCAACAUGGAGUUACUUCAUUUUGCCCGACAAUAAUUACAUCUUCACCUCAUGAAUAUCGACAGAUAAUACCUAAUAUAGCUGUUCAAAAUGGUGGAAAACAUGGAGCAGGAAUAUUAGGAAUACAUGUUGAAGGUCCAUUUAUUAAUAAGGAAAAAAAAGGUGCUCAUCCAGUUAACCAUAUAAAAGAUCUGAAAAAUGGAUUUCAUGAUAUAAUUGAUACAUAUGGCAAUCUUGAUAACAUUCGUUUAGUAACGUUGGCACCCGAGUUAGAUCCUGAAGGGUCUGUUAUUAAAGAAUUAGUUAAAAGAGGCAUAACUGUUUCUUUAGGCCAUUCAAUUGCAAACUUAUCUCAAGCUGAACACGGUAUUGCUUAUGGAGCUUCUUUCAUCACGCAUUUAUUUAAUGCUAUGCUUCCCUUUCAUCACCGAGAUCCUGGACUUGUUGGCCUUCUUGCAAGUGAGAAAUUACCAAAAAACAAAAGAAUAUUUUAUGGCAUUAUUGCUGAUGGAAUACAUACACAUCCUGCUGCCUUACGAAUAGCAUUUCAUGCAAAUUCUAAAGGUUUAGUCUUAGUUACGGAUGCUAUGUCUGCUAUGGGUCUGAAAUCUGGCAGCACAUACUGCAUAGGUGAGUCAAAAGUUGAAGUCACCCAUGACAGAGCUGUUGUGGCUGGAACAGAAACAUUGAGUGGAAGUAUAGCAACAAUGGAUUCUUGUGUUCGAUUCUUACAUAAAUCAACAGGAUGUUCAUUAGUAGAAGCUAUAGAAUGCGCUACACUACAUCCAGCCCAAGCUUUACAUAUAACACAUUUAAAAGGAACUUUGGAUUAUGGGACAGAUGCUGAUUUUGUACUCCUUGAUAAGAAUCUUGAAGUUAUAUCCACUUACAUAGCUGGAAUGUGUGUUUGGAAGAAGCAAGUACCAGUUAAUACAUAACAAAUUAUGUAAACAUAUUUUCUAUUGAUUAAUUACAAUGACAGUUAAGUGAUUUUGUUUAAUACAAAAUGAAGUUCACUAAACUUUUCACUGCCACAUGCAUUUUUAUAACUUUGUGCCAAAGAAAUAAAUACAUCAUGUCAUCAUGAAAAAUACUAAACAUGCCAUUGUUGAUCUCUCAGUGUUUGUAAAAUUUAUAUGUAAAUAUAUCAUUUUUAUUAUUAAAAUUUGUUACUUGGAGAUAAAAA